CUUACAUCGCUGAUUGGACACCACACGUGCACGAUAUCAAUUCUUAUACAUAGCUUGACCUACAUGUACUUGGGGAUCUCGAUCAGCUGCAACCAGCAUGAACAUACAAAACUGCUCUUCGUCGUGCCCCGCUCGCCCUUCCUUACUCACGAGUCAUGACCUUUUUCUCAAUUGACCUUGUUCAGCCUUGGAUAACGAUCUCACAUGCUAUUAGUGGUCUAGCCAAUCGAUAACUGGCGCCUCUAAGCGCAUGUCCAUCAUUAAUAAUUCUCAUCGCAAACAUGCAGUAGGCGCCUGUCUAUCUUUCAUGCCACACCACCCUCCUCGUUCCAUUUUCACCAAGGCUUUGUCCACCUAGCCAUCCUUCCCACUUAUUAGAUGGAUGAAAACAAUCCUCCCCGGAAGAAGCGCUGGGAGUGGUUGAAGCCACGUUCAGACCCACAUUCGGUAGAGGACACUGCAGGCAGGAAAGCAGCCAGUCAAGAUCUAUCUUCUCUCUCGCCUUCGAGGAAUGGGGCCAGUGGACGAUCCUCGGGGUCCGUUCACAAGCUCUUUGGCAAGGUGACCAAGCGCUUCCCUGGAAGCGCUCGACAGUCCCCUAACCCUGAACCCACUCAGUCCAACAAGGCAUGUCCAAUUUCAAUUCUGAGCAUGCCCAGAGCGCAUGCCAUUGAUCUCACCGCUCCCACUUCCGAUUCAGGGAUUGUAGAGGCAAGUUCGACCAUCGAGGCCGAACAUCUCGACCCGAAGUUUGUGAACGAAAGAAUCGCCAAUGCUACCAAAGGUGUCGCAGGCAUCGGCCAGGUCCCAACAGUAGUCCAAGAUGCUUCUUCCGCGAUCAACAACAUACCAUCUUUUUCUGAUACAAUCGACACGUUCUCCGCAUUGCUUGAACCCUUGAAGGCAUUCAACUCCAUUGCCAAUGUCCAUCCCUACGCCAAGGUGGCACUGAGUAUCUUCACUUGCGCGUCCAAGAUGAUUCUCGAUCAGGCAGACCGGGACGUUGCGGUUUCCAGUCUACUCUCAAAGAUAUCUGAAGUCUAUACUUUCAUCACGGAAGAGGAGGAAUUGGCCAAGAUCCAAUCCAUGCUAGUGAUAUAUGGGAAGAUAGCGCAGCAGACACUGGAGUGCGCUGAUUUUAUCAGCCAUUACUCCGAGACGAAGAGUGCCUGGAUAAGACUCGGCAAGCACGUUUUCGGCGAAACGGACGCGACGAUUCAGAGCUACAGCAAUGUUCUCGACGGUCUCAUGCAGCAAUUCCGAGACCGAGCGGCUCGUGACACCGUCGUGAUCGUCCACCGUAUGGCUGAGAGUCUGGACCUCGCAGGGAUGGAGUACGCAACGGGUGUCGGAUUGAAUACGUCUAAAUGCUGUCUGCCAAAUACUCGGCAAGACCUUUUGAAGGACAUUCAGAAUUGGAUCAGCAGCACCGAGGAGGGCGCUCCAUGUGUUCUAUGGUUGUCUGGCACAGCAGGCAAGGGCAAAUCGGCUGUCGCCCAUACAAUAGCCAACUGGUAUAUCGAAAACGGUGGUCUUGGCUCAUGCUUCUGCUUCGAUCGCACUCGGCAAGCGGAUCGGCGUCAAGACAAAAUAUUCACGACGAUCGCAAGGGAAUUGGCGGACUGCAACCCCAUCGUGCGACGAGCCUUGGCGCAAGCAGUCCGUGAUCACAACGGACUCAAGCGCACUCCAGAUAUCAUAAAGCAAUGGCAGGAACUCAUCGUCGGAUCGACAGACUUAGCUUCAAAGUCCAUCGCUGCACCCGUGCUGAUAGUCAUCGAUGCGUUAGACGAGAGCGGCGAUGCUAACUCUCGGGAGCAAAUUCUUCGUCUGCUCGCUGGCAAACUGAACACUUCCACCUCACAACCAUGCAAACUCCCAGCGAACUUCCGCAUUCUGCUCACUUCCCGUCCACUCGAAGACAUUCAGAAUACUUUGCACACCGCGCCACAUGUUCGCCACGUUUCUUUGGAUGGUAUCUCGUCUGCAUCCACAGAACUCGAUAUACAACUGUAUAUCUCCCACAAGCUCGAAGACCUGCACCACAUCUUCAACGAUGCGCACUUCAAGGCGCUCGCUCUGAAAUCUGAUGGCCUGUUUGAAUGGGCUCGUCUCGCCUGUGAGUACAUCAAGGGUACGAACAAAGUGGGUGUGGGUCCGGUGGGGCGUUGCAAAGCUGUGAUGACUGGAACGUCUGAAAAAGGGACGCGUCUGUUGGAUAAUAUGUAUGCACGCAUCUUGGAAGAAAUCAUGCCGGAGGACGAGCGCAAGGAAGCUAUCCCGGUGUUUUUCUCAGUGAUGGGACAAGUCCUUGCCUCGUUGGAACCACUUCCCAUGCCUGCGUUGAUGGCUAUGUGACUUUAUUUUCCCGAAGGGACUUGUGAUUACGAAAUGGAACGGGUCCUUGGGCCAUUGGGAUCCCUUUUGACGGGCACUUCGGACUCCCAUACUCCCAUACGUCCCCU